AUGCCCGGCUGUGUGUGUGUGUGUCGGGGAGGGGGAGAGCGGCCGCGAGGCGGGCGGGCGGGCGGGCGCGCGCGCGGGAGGCGGGCGGGCAGCGGGCAGCCCCGGCACCAGGACUCGGCGCGCCCUCGGCGGCUCGCCGCACCUCCCCGUUACUGGCGCCCGCGCUCCCGGGCCAUCUCCCUCCGUCACCACCGCUUACGGUCGGCCGGGGCAGCGGCACCAACUACACCGCGGCAGCGCGAGCCGGGGGGAGGGGGCGAGAGGCCGUGUUCUGGUCCCGCGCAGACAGCGAGCACCUUCAGCACCUUCCCCUCCUCCGGCUCCGCCACCGCCUGCCCUCCUCCCCCCGCCGCCGCCGCCGGGUCCUUAAAGCUCGCCGCCUCCUGCCGCUGCCGCUGCUACCGCCGCCGCCGCUCCACCAACUACAUCCGGGCAACUCGGCCGUGGCCGCCUUCGGAAAAGCUCGGCAGUUUCCGCCACACCCCCCUCCUACCCACCCCACGCGGCUUGAGGACGCCGCCUUCGGCAAACCUCGGGGUAGUCGUGCUCGGGGGCCUGCGAGAGACGGGCCCCGGGGCCUCCGGGCUGCGCUGGGUGGGAGCCGCCUUCGGGAGGAGAACCGUGGGGCGCGAGGGACGCCAUAGCGAACUAAAUGCGGGGCCGCGGCAGCUGCGCGUGCGCCCAGAGGCGCAACGGCGGCGGGGGCGGGGUGCCCUCCGCGAGUCGGCCGCGGCCCCCGCCCCUCGGGCUCCGCGUUGGGGUCGGAAAGCCCCUAAUUGGGCGGCCCGGACGGUCGCCGCGGAGGCUCGGUGGGCCGCGGCGGAAGUCGCCCUCAACCGGCCACUGGAACCCGGAAGCGUGGCCGGGUGCAGUCACCUGCCCGGCUAG